AUGUAUUUAAAUGAUUUACAAAAAUGUAAAGAAUUGUGGAAAACUAUUGAAUUAGAUAAAAAGAGAGACUUUUUUGAUGAACAAGGAUUAAAUAUUGUAAAGGUUAGAGAACAAACAGCUAAUAGUAGAAAAAACUUGGCAACUCUUACAAAGAAUUUUAAAAAGUUGAAUAAUGAUGAAAAAUUAAAUUCAUUCUCAAAACUGCUCAAAUCGUAUCAAGAUGAGAUUGAUUCUCUGACAAACAGAGGAAUGAAUGCUGAAAAAUUAUUCUUGGAAUUGUAUCAGCCAAUAAGAGAAGCCCCUGAUCCAUAUCACAUUAUUUGUAAAUAUCAACAAAUGUCACAACAACAGGCUAGCCAGGAAGAAUAUGAAAAUACAAUCAAGGAAUUGAAAAAACAAUUGACUGAAUAUGAACAUGAAUUUACUCAUUUGAAAAAUCAAGAAGUUACAAUUAGAAAGCUAGAGGAAGAAAUUUUAAAGUACAAGAAUCAAAAUGAAUUAUCCAAAGAGCACGAGUUAAUGAUUCAAAAAUUCAAAGAUCGUGAGCUGAUAAUGCAAAGUGAACUCAAGGAGUUGAAAAAUGAAAAUGACCGUUUAUCAAACUUGUACAAUGAGACUCAAAAUGUAAAUUAUGAACUAAAGACUAAGAUUGAAGAAAUUGAAGCAUCAAAACAGUAUCAAUCCGAUAUGCAUCAUGAGCAAGUGUUAAAGUAUGAAAAUGAAAUUUUAGAAUUGAAAUCUCAAGCCAAAUCUGUUGUUGAAAAUUCUGAAGGACGAGUAGAUGAGGAAUUAAUGAUUAAUGAAAUGAAAACUGAAUAUCUGACAAAGAUUAAUGACCUUAAACAGGAAAAUAGAGAAAAAAUGGAAAAUAUCCAACAACUACAAGAUCAAAUCCACCAACAACAUCAACUCUUGUUGAAUACUCAACAUGAAUUGAAUCAAAGACCAUCCAGAGAGGAAAUGUCCAAACUUAGAGAACGAAUUGACACACUUCAACAAUUGGAAUUUGGCUAUGACAAUAACUUGCAAGAGAAGACUGUUGAGCAAUUAUUGAAGGAAAAGGUUAUGAAAUUGGAAAAUGAUUUGACCAAAUCCAAUCAAAACAAUAGAGAAAAGGAAGAAAAAAUCGAAACGCUCAACACAGAACUCACUCAACUUUCAGCCAAAACAAAGGAACAAGCAUCCAUGAUUGAGAGAUUGGAAUCCAAUGUGGACAAUUUAAUGAAAUCACCAAAGAAUGAAGAAUCCACUGAUGCUCAAUCCCUCAUAUCAAUUCUUACAGAGCAACGUAACCGUUUCAGAGACAAGAAUAAUGUCAUGGAGGAGCAAUAUGCCCAAUUGAAACAGCAAAUGGAACAAGUUGAAAAUGAGGUUGGAAAACUCAGAAAGGAGAAUUUGAAGCUGUAUGAAAAGACUAAAUAUUUACAAUCAUUUGGUAAUAAUACAUCAACAAGUAGAAACAAACCAAAUCCUGAAUCAAAUAUGGAAUAUGAACCAAUUCAAAACAAGUACGAAAAGCUCUAUGAACAAGAAUUAGAUCCUUUCAAGAGAUUCCACAAGAAGGAAAGAGAAGACAGACUAAACAAUAUGAAUGCAGCUGAGAAGCUUAUUUAUAGAUGUAGUGGUUUAAUGCUAUCCCACAAACUUGGUCGUUUAUUCCUCUUCUUUUAUCUGGUGACUUUACACACAUUAGUAUUUUUCACUCUGUCCAAACUCACUGGACUCACUCUCAGAAAGAAAUAG